GUGGACGCGGAGAAUCCUGGCCAAGCGUGACGGAUGAAUGCGUUGGCCGAUUGUAUCCUUUCCGCCGAGUUCGAAUGCCCAGUAUGCGGGGCUUUGGGUAUCCCACGAUCCUCUUCCCUGCCCAUAUCAGUCGCUUGUCGGCAGCAGAAUCAAGACACAGGUUGCGCCACUCAACGCCAUGGCAUCCAAAGGUACUAUUCUGGUCACCGGUGCUAACGGUGGCCUCGGCUCCGCAAUCGUCGCGCAUAUCCUCGCGAGCCCAAGACUCGCUUUCGACUAUGCAGCCGUGUAUGCGGUCCGCAUGGCCAGAACAGCAUCGAAACUGCAGUCAGUGCUGAGCCGAGCCCCCGAUGGGCACAAGUAUGAUACACUGGACGUUGAUCUCAGCUCCAUCGCCAGCACCAAGGCGGCGGCUAGCAGAAUCAAUGAGCGUGUUGCGAGUGGAGAGUUGCCGCCCAUCAGGGCCCUCAUCCUCAAUGCUGGCUACCAAGAAGGUGCCACUCUGACAAUGAGCGACGACGGACUUGAGAUGACUUGGCAAAUCAACUUCCUGUCCAACCUGAUCCUAUCGCUGCUGCUUCUACAAAGCAUGGACAAGGAGCAUGGGAGGAUCCUCAUACUCGGAAGCUGGAUGCACGAUGUCGAGGAUCCUAGGAACACAUCGGGAGGUAACACUGUGUAUCAAGACCCCAAGUGGCAAAACCUGCUCCCAGAUAUAGAUGCCGUCGCCAGGGGUAGAUGGAGCACACCCCAAGAUGAUCCCACCGGACAGUCCGGCUUCCGACGAUAUGGGGCAAGCAAGCUAUGUGCUGUCAUGCUCAUGCAUGAGUUGGUCGAGCGUGUGGCGCGGGACCCUGCACUGACCGAUGUAUCCAUCGUGGGACUGGACCCCGGCGGCAUGCCCUCGGACCUCUGCCGUCGAGCCGACUUUAUGGUCAAGACGGUGACCAUGGGCCUCAUUGUCCCGUUAGCGGCGCCCCUCAUGGUGAGGCUGAGCCCCAACGGCCUAGUGCGGCCGACGUGGAAGAGUGCGGCCGAUGUUGUCCGCGCAUGCUUCGAAGUUGAGGCGCCGAAGGGCAAGCUCUUGUAUCUGAACGGCACGGAUGAACUUGAGACAGCCAAAGACGCACGGGACAAGGCGAAGAGGCAGCCGGUGUGGAGCUACGGGCUCGACGUCGCUGGCAUCAAGAGCGGUGACAGUGCACUGGCAGAUUGGCAGUGAGCUGGACGUAUAAGCACGGAAGGCGUUUCAGCGUCUUAAUAAUGGGCUUACCAUGGGCGGUUCACUCAUGUAUCGAGGUUUUCCUGAG